AGUAAGAGUUUCUUGUAUUAACAACACAGCAACUGAUCGCCCGCUUAUUACUCAAAACAGUAGAACUGUAGGGAGGACUUUUCUAGUCCCAGAAUAGAGGCGUGACCUUGCCCUGAUGUCUUUAUAUGAGAAAACAUCUACAGCAGAUUUGAUGGAGAAUCUCAGGGAAGAACUGACCUGUUUCAUCUGCCUGGACUAUUUCACCAACCCAGUGACCACUGAGUGUGGGCACAGCUUUUGUCUGAUGUGUCUCCUGAAGAGCUGGGAGGAAUAUAACACUACUUUGUCUUGUCCUGAGUGCUGGAGGACCUUGGAGACCCCUCAUUUCCAGCCCAAUGAGCGUUUGGGGAGGCUGGCUGGCAUUGGCAAGCAACUCAGAUCCCAGGUGCUGCAGAGUGAGGACGAUCAAGGCAGCUAUGGGAAGAUGCUGGCGGCCGCCAAGGUGUUCUCUGUUGAGAAGCAGGGUGUAAACGCUUCCUCAACCCAUUGCCAUGGAAUAAACAGGGUCUAUGUCUCGAGUGAGGCUGAGGAGCAUCACAGAGAGAAGCUCCAGGAAAUCCUAACUCUUUUGCGUAAAAAGAAGAAGGAAACUCAGAUUAUAUUAACGCAUGAGAAGGAGAGAGUGAUAUUGUGUAAGGAAGAGACAAAGACCUGUAAACAGGUUGUUGUGUCGGAAUAUGUAAAAAUGCACCAGUUCCUGAAGGAGGAAGAGCAUCUGCAGCUCCAGUUACUGGAAAAGGAGGAAAGAGGGAACAUGAAGAAACUGAGGGACAAUGAGAUCCAACUGACCCAGCAACUCAGAAGCCUAAGCAAAAUGAUCCAACGCAUAGAGUCUGUGUGUCAGAACCCCAUUAUAGAAUCUUUUGAGGAUGUGAGGGGCACACUGGAAAGGAGUGAGCCACUCUUGCUUCAGUGUCCAGAGGCCACCAUCACAGAGCUGAGUCUGUGCCGCAUCACUGGAAUGAGGGAGAUGCUAAGAAAAUUCAGCACAGAUAUAACUCUGGAUCCAGACACAGCCAAUGCCUAUCUUGUCCUAUCUGAAGAUCUGAAAAGUGUGAGACAUGGAGGAACCCGACAGCUGUUACCCGACAACCCGGAAAGAUUCGACAAGUCUGCAACUGUGUUGGGGGCUCAGAUCUUCACAUGUGGGAGACAUUAUUGGGAGGUGGAAGUGGGAAACAAGACUGAAUGGGAAGUGGGCAUCUGCAAGGACUCAGUGAGCAGAAAAGGCAAUCUCCCAAAGCCAGCUGGCGACCUCUUCUCACUUAUAGGCUUAAAAAUUGGAGAUGAUUAUAGUCUUUGGGUCUCAUCACCUUUAAAAGGUCAACAUAUCAGAGAGCCUGUGCACAAAGUUGGUGUUUUCUUGGACUAUGAAUCUGGACAUAUAGCAUUCUACAAUGUGAUGGACGAAUCCCUCAUCUACAGCUUCCCUUCAGCCUCUUUCCAAGAGGCUCUCAGGCCUAUAUUUUCCCCUUGCCUCCCAAAUGAAGGGACGAACACAGGCCCUCUUACCAUCUGCUCACUAAAUAGCCAUGUCUGAGGGAGAUGUCCCCAAGCCUUUACUGAGGAUGAGGUCUGAGACCAACAGAUGACUAUUAAUUAAGAUGAUUAAUGCAUUGACAGUAUUAACAUCAGGUGAUCUGAAAAAAAAGCACCCCCCAAAGAGUUUCCAUUAACUUGAGCCAGCAAUCAACAGCCAUAUUGAACAAUCAACUUCUAACACCCAGAGGAGAAAGCUGAUCAUAUCCUCUGUCUUCAAUCAAAUUUAUUAUCUAGAUUGCCCCAUGUAUGUGCUGGUCACUAAAAACAUAGUGAUAGGACUAGCCCCUGUUAUCCUGAAACCCACUGUUAUAAGCCAGUUUUAUAAAUAUAUGUCAUUUUU